CGUCAUUUACAAACACUCACGGACCAGCGGGCAGACAGUUCAGUGACUGUCGAAUGAACACUGCCCGAGCUCUUUAAACGCUUUUAUCGACUGAGAGAGAAGAGAUGUCUAAAAGCGUAAAAAAGCUCACAGGGCUCGUGGCAGCUACAUUCACACCACUCACUGCAGAAGGGGAGAUCAAUCUCUCUGUAAUUGGACCAUACAUUGAUUACUUAAUAGAGAAGCAGAAUGUCAAGAGUGUGUUUAUAAACGGCACAACAGGUGAGGGCUUUUCUCUAACUGUGGACGAAAGGAAGCAGCUUGCUGCAGCUUGGUGCCAACAUGGAAAGGGCAAGCUUGAGCAAGUGAUUGUUCAUGUUGGCUGCAUGAGUAUAAAAGACUCUCAAGAACUGACUCGGCAUGCCGCCAGUAUAGGGGCUGAUGGCAUAGCAGUAAUCUCUCCUUCCUAUUUCAAACCCAUUAAUGCAGAUGCAUUGAGGUUGUUCCUAAAAGAAGUGAGCGCCUUUGCUCCAGAUCUUCCGAUGUAUUAUUAUCAUAUUCCAAGCAUGACUGGUGUUGCGUUGGAUGCAGCUGAUGUGCUAAAUGGGAUAGAGCAGAUGAUCCCCUCAUUUCAGGGAGUGAAAUUCACUGGGACUGACUUGAGGGAUCUCGGGCAGUGUGUCUGUUACAGUCAGUCCCAUAACUGGUCUGUAAUGUUCGGAAUAGAUGAGCAACUCUUGGGAGCUUUGGUACUCGGUGUUCAUGGAGCAGUAGGGAGCACAUAUAACUACCUCGGACGCAUAGUGAACCAGAUGCUUGCUGCUUUUUAUAAUGGCAACCACAUGCAGACCAGAGCCCUGCAGUUUGAAUUUAUGGAGGUUAUCACAUUUGCUAAGAACCUUGGUUUUGAUGUGUCUGUGAAUAAGCAGGUGAUGAGUGAAGUGUCAGGGUUAGCAAUGGGUCCCCCUCGACUCCCGAUGCUGCCAUGUCCGGUCUCAAAGGCCCAGGCUAUUGCACAGAAAAUCAAAGACUUCUCUCAGGGACAUUAAAAUGAAACACAUUUCAUUGAACCUAACUGACAACUCCAAAUAAAUCAUUUGUGUUGUUAGUGAACUGUAAACGGUGCCACAUUUAUUACACUACAGUAUAUUAAUGUACUGUACCUUUUUUCAUACUUUAUACUUGCUUUGGCUGAUUAAUUUUUUUUUAUUGUCAACACAUUUAGCAUUUUGUUUUCUCUAAUUAAUAACAUUAAAAUGAAACAAGAAAUUUUGGUAAACCUACUUGAAUUACCCAACAGAGUUACAAAUAAUCAUCAGUGUUACUGAUUUAUUCUCAACAUGAUAUACUGGUUCUUGUAUACCUGAAUGUUUUAUGAGUUUUGCAUGUUUUGUUUGUUCUUGUCUUGGGUUAAAAAACAUAUGCAUAUAAAGUAAUUUUUAUUCUUUAGUACUGUAUUAAUGACCUUCUUUUAACUGAUGUUGAUGUAAUUGUUAACUAAUCCAGGCUGCUGAGGCAGUGGUUACUGACCAACUAUAUCACCACUGUGCCCUUGAGCAAGACACUUACCAAAGUAUUUCUAUGUAACGUUACUUAAUCGUAUACUCUUAUCUCUUUUAGAUAUUCUUUUAAUGAUAUUUAGAUAACAGAAUGAGUUCUUUCCAGAAUCUAUUCAGAUGUGAGUGCUGUUGUCCAUGGACACUAAAUGCUUUGUGGAAAAUCACAUGCACCACACUGUUUUAAUCUCUUGAGUUUCGCAUGUUUGCAGAAUACUGCUCAAAAAGGGAAAUUUUUGUAUGUUCAGAUGGAAUUAAUAAAAAUUAUUAUUCAUUAUUAAAUGGAAGAUACUGCUUUGAAGUUUGUAUUCGGCCUCAUAGUAGCCUGAAAUCUAACCACUUUAAUUUGUCUGUCUAGUCAGUGAUUAUUAAUUAAUUUUUAUUAUUUCUAUUGUUUGGCAUUACCUUAUUUUCUUCCCCCUUAACAAUUUUUUUUAUCUGGGUUGUUAGAGAGCCCUAGAACAGAGGUAUCCAGUCCUGCUCGUGGAGGGCCAUGGUCUAGCAGAGAACUUCAGCCGCAAUUAAACACACUUAAACCAGUUAAUCAAGAUCUCACUAAACAUACUAGAAACUUUCAGGCAGGUGUGCUGAGGCAAGUUGGAGGUAAACUCCGUAGGACAGUGGCCCUUCAGGAAACUGCGAAAUUUAGAAGACAAAGAAUGUAUGUCUCUUGUCUGAUUAAUCCAGCUGUCAUAAUGCUGUUAUGUCAUUGCCCUCUAUUAUCUGUGUUCAUCCCUGUUCAAGCCUGUGGUGGGAAUCUGGCAGAAUGACACAGAACAAAUCAAACCUUUUAAGUGGAUGAAGUGUUCCUGGCUCCUUUGUCUUUUAGUUUAAUUUCAUAAUCUCCCAUUAACAGCAACUCAUAUAUAUAAUUCCAUUUUUUUUUAAAACAACUGAAUAAAAUUAAGUCUGAUUUCUUAUGUAUUGAUUUUUUGUCUUAAAACCUUUUUGUGUGACAAACAAUGUAUGGUUAAUGUUUCACUACUGUUUCAGCAGGACACAUCCCAGACUGCACUAUCAUCACCUAAUCAGUUGUUUUACUGCUGACUCCACAGUUUGAC